UUUUAAUUCUCAACCGCCAUUCCAUUCUCCUGCACACCGCCUGUAAACUCUUGUCCCUGGUCGAUAAUGAGUCUCGCACAACACAUCAGGCAAUCUCAAAUCUCCUCUCAAAAGUCCGCCAUUUUUCUCUACUUCUCUCCGUAUAUGUUUAUAUGCUAGUUGUACGAGUGUGUUGAUCUUAUACAAGGACAACGGCAUUCUUCAGGAAAUCAAGCAUUCCCCCCUUUAUUUAUAUGGAAGUUGAGUUUUGGUUAUCAUGCUUACUUGAUUAAUCGACCGAGUUCGUAACUUUUAUUUUGAGUGUUCCUGUUAAUUAGUGUUGUUAGUAAUAUUCGGAGGAGUGAAUCUAAGAACUACCAAGCUGUAUAGCAUUUCAAUGAGCUUUACCCUGACAAUAAUGCUAGGGUUUCUAUUUAUUUAUAUUAUAUUAGAGAUAUCAUUAGGAAUUAUAAUCACCAUCCAUGAAUUGAAGCUUAUCAUUAGGGCAUAACUCAAAUAUUACCCUGCAUCAUUUCAUUUGCAGAAAAUUGAAGGUUGUUUAUAUCAGUUUUGGGACCCAAAAAUUCCUGAUUUGACACUGUAAGGUUAUGGAUAUGGCUUAUGGCUCAGCUUGCUCCCUGUGUUUUAAAACCAUUAUCAUCCAAUUAAACUGUUUUUUAUUUAUGUUUUCAGUUUACUUGAUUUUGAAGAAGCUGAAACAUUGACAUUUUGUCCAUAGGCUGUGGUUAUGAAAUCAAAGAGGCUAAUUAUGAGUGAACACAAAGGCCAUGAGCAAGUUGAACAUGUAAACGAUAUGGUUGAUUAUAUCAGCAAUCUACCAGAUUGUAUUCUUCAUCACAUUCUCUCAUUUAUGCACACCCAAGAAGUUGUAAAGACAUCCAUAUUAUCUACGAGAUGGAAGAACCUCUGGACUUCUAUCCCCAACAUUUAUUUUGAUGAUGACCUGUUGUGUCCUGAGGUGACUUCCUUCAAGAACUUCGUGGAAGGAGUGCUUCGGUCACGGGAUUCAUCAGAUAUAAUAAAGUUUUCUCUAUCAUGUUGUGUUUUCUGUGAUGCAUCUCAAAUACAUUCAUGGAUUUCUUAUGCAAUCAUGCACAAUGUUCAGGAGCUUGAUCUUUGUCUAAUGGAAGUAGAUCCAUUUGUGAUUCCUUCGUGUAUGUUUAACAACAAAUCAUUGGAGAUCCUGAAUAUACAGAUGCAUUGGGUUGAACUCCCGUCUCACAUUUCUCUUCCUUGCCUGAAAACCUUGCACCUAUCUAUUGUCGAGUUCCUGGAUGAUGAUUAUGCAGAAAAGCUUUUCUCAGGUUGUCCAGUUUUAGAAAAUUUGGUUUUAUCAGAUUGCAUGUGGAUGUAUUUGGAGAACAUUUUGAUUUCCAGUCCCUCCUUAAAAAACUUGAUAAUAAAUGACAAGUCAUUGUUUGGUCCACUUGAUGAUUUUGGUGGGUGUAAGAUCAAGAUUGAUGCAGAAAAUCUUACAAAUUUUGAAUACACGGGAUAUCUAUCGAACGAGAUUUUAUUGAAUAAUACAUCGUAUCUGGUCAAAGCUUGCAUUCAUGUUUCUCCUCCUCCUAUAUGGGAAAAGGAAGUUGCUUGUCGAGUUGUUGAGCUACUGAAACAGCUACAAAAUGUCAUAUCUUUGAGGUUAUCUAAUUGCACUAUGGAGGUGAAGUUUUUGUGAGGAGAUAUGUCAUGAGGAUCAUAUCCUUUUAUAGGGCUCGAGAGGAGCGAGUGAGAUCAUGGAUGAUGUAAGGUAUACCUGAAGUCACGGGUGAGGCAGUCUGCCAGUACGUUUUUGUUUCCUGCGAGAUGUUCAACAGUGAAAGUAUAUCGUGAAAACCACUCUUGCCAACGUAUUAGUCGGCCUAAUUUGUUAUCUCCUGCAAUCUUAGUUCGGAGGAAAUAAGUAAAAUUUUUAUUAUCUGUACGAACCAGAAAAUUUACUGGUGUUAAAUAUACAGAGAAUUUUGUAAUAACUCUUUUUACAGCGAGUAAUUCUUUUUCA